AUGGUCAAAAUCGCCUUUGCUCUUACGAUUGCCGUGGCGUCGAUUGCCCGUGCCGCUCCCGAGGCCAUCAGUGCUCGUCAAGCUGCGGGUUGCCAACCUGCCGAUACCGUCUGCCGUGAUGGCUGGGCCUGGUGCUGCAUUGGCUCGACCUGCUACGAGUUCGCUCCACCUACGGCCUGCUGA